GAGAAAGAUGAGGGGACGUUUGGGGACCCACAAGACUAGCAGCCGCUGGCAGCUCAUAGUCAGAGAUGACGCUCCUGCCUUAUCUUCAACAGUUCAUCACUGCAUCCUUUCGUCUAUCCUCCAUACCCUCGUGCCUGGAUCUUCCCUCACCUUAACCUCUUUCCUUGAAUUUUUCACCCACUGAUCCAAAUACAGCUAGUUGUUGCCUAUUCCACUCAAAACCCAGUUCAUCGGCAGCACCUGAGCUCCCUCACCAUCUUCAUUGAACCAGAGUCGUUUUUAUCUCCCAAAAGGUAAAGAACAUGUGUGAGUUUCUCUUGGAUUUGUCUCCUCCGGCCAUUUGAUUUCAUCGUGCCUCUCCUUAAUUUGGAUCUCCCCUCACCUUAACCUCUUUCCUUGAAUUUUUCACCCACUGAUCCAACUACAGCUAGUUGUUUGCUUAUUCCACUCAAAACCUAGUUCAUCGGCAGCCACCUGAGCCCCCUCACCAUCUUCCACUGAACCAGAGCUGUUUAUCUCCCAAAAGGUAAAGAAUAUGUAUGAAGCUUUUCAGCUGCUCCUCCCCCCAGCUUGUCCAUAAUGAAGAGGCCAGGAGCUAGUAGCCGUGAGCAUCCGAAGACCCUUCCCUUUUUUUCCCCCAACUCUUUCGUAACUUUGGUAAAAGCACUCCAAAAUGGCUUCGACCAGCACCCAUAGAGCCUCUUCUACUUCUUCUAAUCCUCGUAGUUAUGAUGUGUUCUUGAGUUUUAGAGGGGAUGACACUCGUAAGAAUUUCACUGAUCAUCUCUAUACCAGUUUGGUUACACGUGGAAUUCAUACGUUUAGAGAUGAUGAAGAGCUUGAGAAAGGAGGAGAUAUUGCGGCUGAUCUCUCAAGAGCUAUAGAAGAAUCAAGGAUUUUCAUUAUUAUUUUCUCAAAGAAUUAUGCCUACUCCAGAUGGUGUUUGAAUGAACUUCUAAAGAUCAUUGACUGUGUGACCCAAAAAGAAUCAAUGGUUGUACCAAUUUUCUAUCAUGUGCCUCCAUCAGAUGUACGAAAUCAAUCGGGAAGCUUUGAUUAUGCAUUCACCUUCCAUGAAAAAGAUGCAGAUCAAAAGAAGAAGGAGAUGGUAGAAAAGUGGAGGACUGCCUUGACGAAAGCAGCCAAUAUAUCUGGAUGGCACGUGGAAAACCAGUAUGAGUCAGAGGUUAUUGGACAAAUCAUUGAGAAAAUCCUUCAAAAAUUGGGACCUACACAUUUAUAUGUUGGCAAGAACAUUGUUGGAAUGGAUUAUCAUUUGGAACAACUCAAAGCAUUAAUAAAUAUUGAGUUGAAUGAUGUUUGUAUAAUUGGAAUUUAUGGAAUUGGUGGAAUUGGCAAGACUACCAUUGCCAAAGCAAUUUACAAUGAAAUUUCAUGUAAAUUUGAGGGUAGUAGCUUUCUUGCAGAUGUUCGAGAGCAGUCCAAAGAUAAUGCUGGUCUGCUUAGAUUACAAAAUCAACUUCUUGAUGAUACCUUAGCAGGAACAUAUAAAAAAAAAAGUAGUAGCAUUUAUGGAGCAACCCAUGAGAUAAGGGACAAGCUUCGGUUGAAAAGAGUUCUUGUUAUUCUUGAUGAUGUGGAUGGGCGAAGGCAAUUAGACUACUUAGCUGGAGAAUGUGAAUGGUUUGGUUCAGGAAGUAGAAUUAUCAUAACAACUAGGCAUAAAGAUUUGGUAGCUAUAGACGGAGCAAAUAAAUCAUAUGAGCCUAGAAAGUUAAAUGAUGAAGAAGCCAUCAAGCUUUUUAGUUUAUAUGCCUUUAAACAAAAUGUUCCAAGAGAAAAUUAUAAAAAUCUUUGUGAGAAUGCAGUAAAGUAUGCCCAAGGCCUUCCCCUAGCACUUGCAGUUUUGGGUUCUACCUUAUCUAGCAAGAGAGGAAUACGCGAAUGGGAAAGUGAAUUGCGUAAAUUGGAAAAAGAACCUAACAGGGAAAUUUAUAAUGUACUUAGAACAAGUUUUGAUGGAUUAAGUCGUGUAGAAGGGGAAAUAUUCCUUGACAUUGCUUGUUUUUUUAAAGGAAAAGAUAGAGAUUUUGUUUCAAGAAUAUUGGAUGAUGCUGAAGGUGAAAUAAGUAAUCUUUGUGAAAGAUGUCUUAUAACCAUUUUAGACAACAAGAUAUAUAUGCAUGACUUAAUACAACAAAUGGGUUGGGAAGUUGUUCGCGAAAAGUGUCAAAACGAGCCCGGGGAACAGAGCAGGUUAUGGGAUCUUGAUGAUGUCUCUAGUGUAUUAACUAGAAAUGCGGGGACAAAGGCAAUUGAAGGAUUAUUCAUGGAUAUGUCUGCACAACAAGAAAUUCAAUUUACAACUGAAACCUUCACAAAGAUGAAUAAACUUAGAUUGCUCAAAAUUCAUCAAGAUGCUAAAUAUGAUCAUAUUAAGGAAAUUGAUGGAGAUGUGCAUUUUCCUCAAGUGGCCCUUCCUGAAGACUUGAAAUUGCCUUCUUUUGAGUUAAGGUAUCUCCAUUGGGAUGGAUAUUCUUUAAAAUACUUGCCACCAAAUUUUCAUCCGAAGAAUCUUGUUGAGCUCAACUUGCGGUGUAGCAACAUAAAACAACUUUGGGAAGGAAAUAAGGUUCUUAAAAAGUUAAAGGUCAUCAAUCUUAAUCAUUCACAACGUCUCAUGGAGUUCCCAAGCUUCUCAAUGAUGCCAAAUUUGGAGAUACUAACCCUUGAAGGGUGCAUAAGCCUUAAGCGUCUUCCAAUGGACAUUGAUAGGUUGCAACACCUUCAGACUCUCUCUUGCCAUGAUUGUUCAAAACUAGAGUAUUUCCCAGAGAUCAAGUACACAAUGAAAAAUCUCAAAAAGCUUGAUUUAUAUGGAACAGCAAUAGAGAAGCUACCAUCAUCAUCAAUUGAACAUUUGGAAGGGCUUGAAUAUUUGAAUUUAGCACAUUGCAAAAAUCUUGUGAUUCUUCCUGAGAACAUUUGUAGUUUGAGAUUUCUUAAGUUUCUAAAUGUCAAUGCAUGUUCAAAACUCCACAGGUUGAUGGAGAGCCUAGAGAGCCUGCAAUGCUUAGAGGAGCUUUAUUUAGGUUGGCUUAAUUGUGAAUUGCCUACUUUGUCAGGUUUAUCCUCCUUGAGAGUAUUACAUCUAAAUGGCUCUUGUAUAACUCCAAGAGUAAUCCGCAGCCAUGAGUUCUUGUCCUUAUUGGAGGAACUCAGUCUCAGUGAUUGCGAAGUAAUGGAAGGGGCCCUGGAUCAUAUUUUUCAUCUAUCAUCGUUGAAAGAAUUAGAUCUAAGUAACUGCUAUCUAAUGAAAGAAGGAAUCCCCGAUGAUAUUUAUCGUCUAUCAUCAUUGCAAGCAUUAGAUCUCAGUGGAACUAAUAUCCAUAAAAUGCCUGCUAGCAUCCACCAUCUUUCUAAGCUGAAAUUCCUAUGGUUGGGUCACUGCAAGCAGCUUCAAGGAAGUCUAAAGCUUCCAUCGAGUGUACGAUUUUUAGAUGGCCAUGAUAGCUUCAAAUCAUUGUCAUGGCAGAGGUGGCUAUGGGGUUUCCUAUUCAAUUGCUUUAAAUCAGAAAUUCAGGAUGUUGAGUGUAGGGGUGGUUGGCAUGACAUACAAUUUGGUCAAUCUGGCUUUUUUGGCAAGGGAAUUAGUAUUGUAAUUCCUAGAAUGCCACAUUGGAUAAGUUAUCAGAAUGUAGGAAAUGAGAUAAAAAUUGAACUUCCUAUGGACUGGUACGAGGACAAUGACUUUUUGGGAUUUGCUUUAUGUGCCGUUUAUGUUCCACUUGAGAACACACUUGGGGAUGUACCUACAAUGUCUUAUAGAUUAAGUUGUCAUUUGAGUUUGUGUGGUGAUCAAUUUAGGGAUUCUCUCUCCUUUUAUUCUGUCUGUGAAUGCUAUUGUAGAGGUGAAUCAAGCAAUCAAGUGUGGAUGACCUGCUAUCCUCAGAUUGCCAUUCAGGAGAAGCAUCGCUCCAAUAAGUGGAGGCAGUUCGCAGCUUCAUUUGUUGGCUAUGUCACUGGAUCCUUUAAAGUCAUAAAGUGUGGGGUCACACUUAUAUAUGAACAGAAGAGUAAGCUUCUUGGAUCAGUUGAGAAUGUAUCUGUUACUUGCUCAGAGUGUCAAACGAAUGGGGAGCAUGAAGAGAAGCUAUGUUUAGGGGAAACUGCUAUCAAUGAACUACUCAAUAUUGAGUGCCUCUCCGGAAUUCAAAACUUAUGUUUGCGGAACUGCAAAAGGCUUGAGAGUCUUCCAAGUGACAUUUAUAAGUUGAAAUCCCUUACAACUUUUUCUUGCUCUGGCUGUUCAAAACUGCAAAGCUUUCCAGAAAUUACAGAAGAUAUGAAAAUUUUAAGAGAGCUUCGUUUAGAUGGAACUUCUUUAAAAGAACUACCAUCAUCAAUUCAACAUCUACAAGGGCUUAAAUAUUUGGAUCUAGAGAAUUGCAAAAACCUUCUGAAUAUUCCAGACAACAUUUGUAACUUAAGAUCUCUUGAAACUCUCAUUGUCUCUGGUUGUUCAAAACUCAACAAACUACCCAAAAACUUGGGGAGCCUUACACAGCUACGGUUGCUUUGUGCUGCACGUUUAGAUUCAAUGAGUUGUCAAUUGCCUUCUUUCUCAGACCUACGCUUCUUAAAAAUAUUAAAUCUAGAUCGGUCAAAUUUAGUGCAUGGAGCAAUUCGGAGUGAUAUUUCCAUCUUAUACUCAUUGGAAGAAGUAGAUCUAAGCUACUGCAAUCUAGCUGAAGGAGGAAUCCCCAGUGAAAUUUGCUACCUAUCAUCACUGCAAGCAUUAUAUCUGAAAGGGAACCAUUUUAGUAGCAUACCUUCUGGGAUCGGUCAGCUUUCUAAGCUGAAAAUCCUUGACUUGAGCCACUGUGAGAUGCUUCAACAAAUUCCAGAGCUUCCAUCAAGUUUGCGAGUUUUGGAUGCCCAUGGAUGCAUUCGGCUGGAAAGUUUAUCUAGUCCACAGAGUCUACUUUUGUCUUCUCUAUUCAAAUGCUUCAAAUCAGAAAUUCAGGAGUUGGAAUGCAGGAUGGUUUUGUCUAGCCUCCUUCUGCAAGGAUUUUUCUAUCAUGGAGUCAAUAUUGUAAUUUCUGAAAGUAGUGGAAUCCUGGAGGGGACAUGGCAUCAGGGAUCUCAAGUAACAAUGGAGCUUCCCUGGAAUUGGUAUGAAAAUAACAACUUCUUGGGAUUUGCUUUAUGCUCUGCUUAUUCUUCACUUGAUAAUGAAUCCGAGGAUGGAGAUGGGGAUGGAUAUCCUUGUACUUUCAAAUGUUGUUUGACUUUCUGGGCUAGUGAAUCUGGAUGGCAGUGUGAGCUCCCAUUAAAAUCCAGAUGUACAUGCUACAAUGAUGGUGGUGUAUCAGAUCAAGUAUGGGUGAUGUAUUAUCCCAAGGGUGCUUUUAGAAUGAAUCCUGUCUCAGUUAAACAUGGGUCCUUGAGUGCUUCAUUUCAUGGUUAUAUUCAUGGUAGAGCAGUCAAGGUGAAAAAAUGUGCAGUGCAAUUUCUAUUCAGCCAAGGAUCAUCGGUACAAGAUGCUCAUGUUAUCAAGGGAUGCAGUGAUUACACACAAGGGAUCAUCGGUACAAGACCAUAAAAGAUUAAGAACAGUCUAACACUAGUCUCAAGCUUUAUACCCAGAUGGCUAUUGCACACACAAAGCUCUGUUUAUGGCUUUCUUUGUCAUCAUUCAGCGGAUACUGAAUUUGUAGAUUACACAAGCCUUCAAUUUGUUAAUCUGGGUGGAAUAUUCAGACGGACGAAAGGUGCAAAAGUUGGUCAUUGAAUCAAAGACGCAACAUUGAAUCGAUCAAGCCAUUAAAUCUUCAAGGCAAGUGAAUUUGUCUACACAAGAAUUUCCAACUCGAAGUACUGUCUUGCCAAUAGUAGUUGACGCUCUAUUUAAUUUGUUGUUUCACUAUAUUUUCUUAGUCUCUUGAGGUAGAUAAAUGCCUUGAAGAAAGAUUAAGAAAGAUCAAAACUUUGGAGGGAGAAGAUAUGUCCAAUUAAGAGAUUUGCUUUAGAUGUGUUGAUAGGUAAGCUCUUCCUAGACAACUGCAAUAUGUCAAUCUUUGACUGAGAUCCUCUAGAGAAAAUGUCAUGGAGGCAUACCUUGACUGGGUUUUCAAAGACUAGGAGGGCAGUCUACUUGGCCUAUGAGGCUCAAAUUGUAAGUGCAACAAGAGGGAUGGGUCAUUGGGUCAAAAUUCUUAAAGCUCCCAAUGAAGACACCUUAGUAGGAGUAAGGUUAUGACUUUGUGAUGAGCAAUGUUACUUCGUAAAUGUUGAAAACUCAAAUUGAAAUAUGUUUUUGGUAACUAUAUCUCUGCAUUCUCUUAGACUCUGCAUUAUAUUGUUGGCAUUAACUACUAUGAAAUCAGUUCAAUUAAUCCUACUAUUAGCUUUUGUCUUA